AGGGCCAAGUUUGUCUUGUGAUUUACCUUCUGUUAUUAUGGCAUGUUUUGGGUAUAGGGUACAGCUUGGAGUAUGGCUAUGUGUUUUGGGCUUUGUGUUGGCACAGGAUCAAAGUAAAUAUUUUGGAUCAGAAGGUUCUGAUGGUGCUUUUGAUAGAUGCCAAGUCGGUGACUUUGCCAGAGUGCCAUGUGGAGACCCUGAUAUUAGUGGUGCUGGCUGUGAAGCCCUCAACUGCUGCUUUGACCAACAGUGUUACUACGCAAAUGAAGUUACUGUCCACUGUCUCCGGGAUGGUCAGUUCAAGGUUGUGGUGUCCAGAGCUGCCACUUUUCCUAUGCUUGACCUUGGUUCUGUCAACUUGCUGGAGGGUCAGAGUGAUGGUUACUGUGGUCCUGUUAGUGCCUCCCCUGCUUUUGCAGUGUUCCAAUUUCCAGUCAAUGCCUGUGGAACCACAGUGAGGGUGGAAGGGGAUUAUGUGGUCUAUGACAACAGGAUGUCCUCCACAUAUGAAGUGGGGGUUGGUCCUUUAGGCUCCAUCACGAGGGACAGUGUUUAUGAACUGGACUUCCAGUGCAGGUACUUUGGCAGUGAGGUGGUUAGCCUGGUGGCUGAGGUGAAUACGGUGCCUCCUCCCCUUCCAGUAACUGCUCCAGGGCUCCUUCGUGUUGAGCUCAGACUGGCUAGUGGGCAAUGCGGGGCCAAAGGAGAAAAGGGAGUGCAAGGAUGCAGUGACGCGGAGGUCUAUAGUGACUACUACAGAGAUGCAGACUACCCUGUGACCAAGGUGCUCCGGGAACCUGUGUAUGUGGAAGUGCGGAUUCUGGAGAGGACCGACCCACACCUUGUCCUGCUUCUGGAAGACUGCUGGGCAACCUCAACCUCUAGCCCCCUUAGCCUGCCCCAGUGGAGCCUCUUGAUUGAUGGGUGUCCCUACCAUGAUGACCGUCACCAGACAACCUUGGUUCCUGUGGAUGGCUCUUCUGGACUUCCCUUCCCCACCCACUACAAGCGGUUCAUUGUGCAGAUGUUUACGUUUGUGGAUCCUGCAUCCUAUGUUCCACUGAAGGAAAUGGUCUACAUCCACUGCAGUACCCAAGUUUGCUACCCUUCUGCUUCUGACCGCUGUGAACAGCGAUGCAGUGGCAGAAGACAAAGUUUAAUUUUCACCACCCCAGGGAGGUCGAUUGUUCCUGUAGGGAAGCGGUCCAUAGAGGAAAAGGCUGUGGUUACCAGUAAGGCAGUGAUGGUUACCACUACAGAGCCCUCAGGCCAGAGGCUGCACAGUGAAGUGUCCCCGUCUCUUGGUUUUGGCCUCCUGGGAGUUGCUGCCUGUGUCAUGCUGAUCUCUACCCUGGCGCUGACCGUUGUGUGUACGAAGCGAUCGCAGUUGGAACCAAAGGUGUAAAAUGUUACAAAAAUAAAGCUCUUAUGGAAAAUG